AAAUGUUAGGAUCUUCCGUAAAUGUACAGUUCAAAAGCGUUUUGAACAAGGCGGCGUUCUGUGGUCGGUGGUCCGAAGUGUGUCUGUGUUUUUAAAUUAUGUCUCGAAUAAAUUUCACCGUAAACGGAGAGCAAUUCUCUGUCGGCAAUGAGGUGCGUUCAGACACUUUCCUUGUGGACUACCUGCGUAAAGAGCUGGAGCUGCGAGGCACCAAGUACAUGUGCCGCGAGGGCAGCUGUGGCGCCUGCACCGUGACUGCUGUGAAGACUCCUGGAGGGAAGAGCAAGGCGGUUUACUCUUGCCUGGUACCAAUCUCAGCAUGCGACAACUGGGAGAUCACGACGGUGGAAGGGGUAGGCAACCGGCUGAAGGGGUACAGCGAGGUGCAGACCACGCUGGCGGAGAACAACGGCACACAGUGCGGGAUGUGCUCGCCGGGAUGGGUCAUGAGCAUGCACAGCUUGCUGGACAAUAAGAAGCCGGAAGACAUCUCACCGAUGGAAGUGGAGAAGUACUUCGGAGGAAACAUCUGCCGCUGCACCGGCUACCGACCGAUCUUGACGGCCUUCAAGAAACUCGCCAGGAAAGACGAGAGCAACCCGUCGGUUAGUGACAUGGAAGAUUUGGCCAUCGUUCCGAGGACCAAGUCGAAUGGUUGUGCUACUAAAUGUUGCGAGAACGAAUGGUGUAUGGUCAGCCAGGAUGAUGCUGGGGUCCCGAAGAAAUUUGUGCUCAGGGAUAACAAGAAAUGGUUCACCGCUUACAAGUUGCAGGACGUUUUUGACGCCUUCCAAGAGACUUCGGGAGAAGCUUACAUGCUCCUUGGUGGGAACACUGGAAAAGGUUUAUACCCAGUCCUUGAAAUGCCGCCCGUGAUCAUUGAUAUCAACAACGUUGUGGAACUCAAAGGCUACACUACUGAUCAAAACCUCAUCAUUGGCGCUGGCAACACUAUGCAAGAUUACGUUGACAUUUUCACUGAAGUCUCCAGUCAAGAAGGUUUUGAAUAUCUGAAAAAGUUCCUCGAACAUUUGGAAUGGGUUGCUAAUACGGCGAUCAAAAAUCUUGGAACUGUAGGUGGAAACCUCAUGUUGAAAUAUAACGACAACGGCAACGCCUCAGAUUUCUUCCUAUUGUUUGAAACUGUUGGCGCUAUGUUCACUCUCGUUUCCGCCAGUGGUGAAGAAGAAGUAACACCAACAGAUUUCUUAAAAACUGACAUGAAAGAAAAACUAAUCAAGAACAUUGUGAUCCCACCCCUUGGUGCAAAUGAUAAAUUUGUAUCGUACAAGAUAAUGCCAAGAUCUCAAAACGCAAGUGCCAAAGUAAACGCUGCGUUCUUAUACAAGCUCGAUGCAGACAACGCUACAGUUUUGGAAGCGAGAAUUGUAUAUGGAGCCAUCAGUAGCACAUUCAUCCAUGCUACUAAUACCGAAGAAUUCCUGAAAGGAAAAUCACUUUUCACAAACGAUACCUUACAAAGAGCUUUGGGUAUCUUGAAAAACGAGUUGAUACCAGCAGCCGGUGCUGAGUUGGUGACAAACUCAAAGAAGAAGAUUUCUUUGGGUCUGUUUUAUAAGAGUUUGUUGUCGUUAUAUCCUUCUGAUACGUUGAAUGCUCGUUUCCAAUCUGGAGCCACCAUCUUGAAUCAAACACGUCCAGUGUCUCAAGCAGUACAGGUUUACGAUACGAAACCUUCUUUGUAUCCGUUGACUCAAGCUAUACCGAAAGUAGAAGGAUUGCUCCAAUGCUCUGGUGAAGCUCCGUUCGCAGACGACACGCCGAGGAUGAACAAAGAAGUGUUUGCUGCGUUCGUUCUCAGCACCGUGGCUGUGGGAGAGAUCGAUACUAUCGAUAUUGAAGGAGCAAUGGCUCUCCCUGGUGUAGUUGCUAUCUACACGGCAAAGGACAUUCCUGGAAACAACACGCACACACCCACUAUGCUGCCAGAAUACAACUUCAAACCUGAAGAACUCCUCUGCAGUGGACAGGUUAAAUAUCACAGUCAACCUGUAGCUCUUAUUGUAUGUAACUCAGAAGAAGAAGCAGUGAGGAAUGCUAAACUUGUAAACGUUACGUACAAAAACGUGGGCACACCAGUCCUUGACGUGAAAGUAGCUAAGAAUGACGCAGAUCGUACGGUGAAACUUAUCAACGUGCCAUCACAAAGCCGGGGCGAUGCAACUACUAAAGUUAUCAAGGGAACAAGCUUCGCCCAUGCUCAGUACCACGUACACAUGGAGAAGCAAGUCUGUGUUUCGAAGCCGUCUGAUGACGGUCUUGAUGUCACUGCGUCCGCGCAAUGGAUUCAUGCGAUGCAACUCACCAUCUCGGAAGCCCUCAAUGUACCAAUGAACUACCUGAACCAAAGCAUCAAGAGAGUUGGCGGUGCAUUUGGAGCUAAGAUUACUAGAUCAAUUCUAACAGCUGUAGCUGCAAGUUUAGUGGCCUACAAAUUGAACAGACCUUGCCGACUGAUCUUACCGUUGACUACUAACAUGAGAACUGUUGGUUCUAGGCCUAAUUGCUUCCAAGAGUAUGAGGUGGGUGUCGACGACAAUGGUGUGAUCCAAUAUUGUGACUUCAGUCUCUAUGAAGACCUUGGCUGGAUUAUUAAUGAGCUGUUCCUUGAACUUGGUUUGACCAGUGUAGGAAAUUGCUACAACAAACUGCGAUGGGACUUUACCGCAUACAAUGUCAGAACUGACAAAGUUAGAAGCUGUUGGAUGAGAUCUCCAGGUCAUCAGGAAGUCAUCACUGCCGCUGAGUUUAUUCUGGAGAGGAUAGCGUAUGAGCUGAAUCUAGACCCCGUUGAAGUCCGUACCAGAAACAUCGGUACUGACACCGCUGGAAAGGAAAUGAAGACUACCAUCGGCAAAUUAAUCGACAGUUCUGACUACGCUAACCGCAAACAAGAAGUCGAGACUUUCAACCAGAACAACCGUUGGAAGAAACGUGGAUUCAGAUUUGCACCCAUGAAAUGGGAACCUAACCCUACUGAGUUCACAAUUGCUACAGUCAGCGUCUACAAUAGUGACGGUACUGUAGUGGUAACCACAGGAGGUGUAGAGAUUGGUCAAGGUCUUACAACUAAAGUGACUCAGGUGGUUGCUUUCACUCUACAAAUACCCGUGGAAAAGGUUAAGAUAAGGGCAACUAACAACAUCACAUCGCCGAACGCUUUCACGACUGGUGGAAGUGUUACCACUGAAAUGACAUGUCUGUCAGCCAUAAGGGCUAGCAAAGUUAUUAAUGAGCGUUUAGAGCCAUUGAAACAUGAGUUGGGCAACGUGUCUUGGGAAGAGUUGAUUAAGGAAGCCUACAAGAGGGAAAUUAAUUUGUUUGCCAGCGGUUACAUAACGUCGAAGGAUCAAAAUGUGUACAACAUUUACGGAGGUGCCCUUGUGGAAGUUGAAGUGGAUAUCUUGACUGGUGAGAUACAAGUGCUCAGGGUUGAUCUCAUAGAAGACGUUGGUCAAAGUAUGAAUCCAGCUAUUGAUGUUGGUCAGAUCGAAGGUGCAUUCAUUCAGGCCCAAGGUCAUUGGACCUCUGAAGAGUUGUCUUACAACCAACAAACUGGUGAACUGACCAAUGACAGAACAUGGACCUACCAUGUGCCUGGCAUGAGGGACAUCCCUCAAGACUUUAGGGUGCACUUUGAGAGGGACACUUACAAUAAUAUUGGUAUUCUUGGAUCUAAAGCUACUGCGGAGCCAGCAGUGGUCCUUGGUUGCGCCGUAGCCUUCGCAAUCAGGCAUGCUCUAGUGUCUGCCAGAUCUGAGUCUGGUAUCCCUGCUAACGUCUGGUUUGAAAUCGAGGGAGCUCACACUAUUGAUAAAAUCAACUUCUUCUCUGAAACCGACGACAAAGACUUUUUGUUUGAAUAAUUUUCUCUUUAAUAAUCCUUGAAUAUGCGAUUGUUUUUUAAUUAAAUACUAAUUGUACUAAAAUCACAUUUCAAUUCAUAUUCUUUAAUACUUUUUUUUUUGUUUAAAUAAAAUUGUUUUACUUUUAUCAGUGUAAA